AUUUGAAAGUGAUACAUAUACAUACACAUGCUGAUGAAAUGAUCAGUCGUACAAUCAACGUUAUGGAAUGGAUUGUGUCAGUUCUUUUUCUUUGCAUACCUUGAGCAGUUGUCUGUAUAGGACCUAAUACCUGGAGCCCCACAUGUCAUUCAUGCAUGUUACAAAUGAAUCAAUGUACGGGAGUUUGGAGUGGUCCUAGGUAGUGGACAAUCUAUUGCAUCGCCGCCACCUCAGAUAACCCCCACCGGUUAAAGUCGCCAACAUGCUAUGGUCAACUCCACGACCUACUGACAAUCAACUAAAUCCCUAUUUUCAGCCCGGUUGGCUUCAAGGAGAUCUCAAUUGUAUGUUUAAUUGAUGGAUGUGUUUGACGCACAGAUUAUUUUUGACAUCUGUUGCAACCCCAUCACAUCAGAAGCCCCUGUUUUUCUAAAGGGGAGCUUGAAUCUGGGAGUAGAAAUAGAGCCGUUUUGAACACUUGGCUUUAGCCACGUUUCAUCAUCUGUUCCAAACGUCCUGUGUGUCUUGAAGACUGCGUGUCACGUGCUGAAGUAACCACAAAGACAAAUUAAAUUGAAAUUUUUUUCCCUUCCUUAAGUUACGUUUAAACCCCAGUAACAAUAUUUAGUUGUUAACUAAUUCCAAAUUAACUAAUACAACUAAACUAGCUUAACUUAUCCUUAGCCUACUUCUACUAUUACAAAUGUACUACUACCAGCAAUACUAAUAUCUACUACUGACAAUACUAUACUAAUAUUUAUAAUCUACUUCAAUGCUAUCACAAUACUAAUACUAAUGUCCUCAUAAAAACAAAACUAAUACACAAUGAAUUAAUAACAGCGUGUGUUAAGGACAAGGACGCCUCUCAACCACAUCCCCAGCAAACGGGCGUCGAGGACACAUCCCACUCACAUCCCAAGCGGAUGCACGCCGAGGACAUGUCUCACCCACAUCCCAAGCGGAUGAAGAAAGCCUUGAGUGAUCCGAGUCAGGAUCCAAGCCGGAGUGAGGGGAUUUCACUGUCCCCAGAGACAGGACAAGAGUCUGCUUCACAGGUGACCCCAUCACAAGCUUGCACAGACCACGGCCUCUAUGACGCCAGCGGGAGGGGGGACCAGGAGGAGGUGAGGCUGAUCCUGGCUACUGGUCUGGUCAACAUCAACUGUCCAGUGGGAUUGGGGCGCAGGACACCGAUGAUGGCGGCAGCAUGGUCUGGACACAGAGAAGUGGUGGAGCUCCUUGUGAGUAAAGGAGCCGAUGUGUCACUGGUGGACGGUGGUGGUAACAACAGCCUUCACUACGCCUGUUGUGGAGGAGACGCAGAGACGGUGAAGUCUGUCCUGUCUCCGAAUGUGGUGGACAUUGACGGUAGAGGAUGGAGGAGAAGGACACCCAUGAUGGAGGCAGCGGACAGGGGACACAGAGAAGUGGUGGAGCUCCUUGUGAGUAAAGGAGCCAAUGUGUCACUGGUGGACGGUGGAGGUAACAACAGCCUUCACUAUGCCUGUUGUGGAGGAGACGUAGAGACGGUGAAGUAUGUCCUGUCUCUGAAUGUGGUGGACAUUGACGGUAGAGGAGAGGUGAGCAGGACACCGGUAAUGUGUGCAGCACGUUGGAGAAACAGAGAAGUGGUGGAGUUCCUUGUGAGUAAAGGAGCCAAUGUGUCACUGGUGGACAAGAUCGGUAACAACAUCCUUCACUUGGCCUCUGGUGAAGGAGAUGUGGAGACAGUGAAGUUUGUCGUGUCUCUGAACGUGGUGGACAUCAACGCCAGGAACAACAUUGGGUUGACAGCGGCUGACAGGGCGAGAGACUGGGCGAGACGUCAGCUGCUGGAUCUCCUUGUGUCACACGGCGCUCAGUGAAGUCAGUAUGCCAUUCACGUCAUAUGGGUUUAUAUCUCAGGAUUUUGGUGAAAUUAUUUAGGUGAAAUAAAACUUGUAAAACAUU